UUUUCUUUUUUGCAAAGUAUGCUAAAGUUCUUAGUUCAUUAAAAGUUUGAUAGAUUUAUUCGUCUCUCAGUCAUACAGACCAAUUGUGUGAUACAAAUACCGUGAAAGUGUCCAUAACCCAAAUAAUUGGAUAAAAUGUAUUUAAAUGUGAACGUUUUUGCUUAGGCUAGAUCUUUACGGUCAUUGUGACUUGUAGAAUAAAAUAAAAUAAAUAAUUUGGCAUGGUAAAACCAUAGAUAACAGGUAUAAUAGUACGACGUAAAAUAAUAAAUAAUACAAAAAGCAUAAAAGACUUAAAAUUAAAUUGCUGCCAGAUAAGUGCAUUAGUCAUUAAAAAUAAACAGGAUACACAAUAAUUAUUAAAAUCAUUAGCUUUUCUUUCCAUUUAAAUAAAUAUAGUAUUUAUUUAUUUAACCAGAAUAGUUAAAAUACUUGAAAUAAUUGAGGAAGAACUGCAGGAGAUAGUUAAAAAAAAAAAAACAUCUUUCCACAUUUUGUGUGAUGACGUCACACGCACGCACGUUGUGAGUACGUCACUCCGUAGGAGCCUCCGUCCGGGUUGCUAAAUGUUUUGAUAACAUUCGGAGCCUUUUACUACAUAUAUGGUGUCCAGGCUUUCCUCCCAGGAGGCGGAAUUAACCCGCGUGCGCAGUGGGCUGGGAUCCAGCAGCCGCCCCCUCCCCUCCGCCGCCGUUGUUGUCACCUCACGCAGCGUCUGGUGCCGAGAGCUGGCCCGCCGAGUGCAUGCAGCAGAAUGGGUCGAGCGCUUCCAACGGUUCCGGAGGCUGUGGUGGUCGGGAGCGCCAGUCUCCGUCCUUCAGUCCGCUGCCCGCCGCCGCCACCACCCGGGUGAGGCGCUUCAUCCAGGAGAGGCGGACGCUGCCCCUGCCCAGAGUGAUGGUGGUUUUCUCGGGCGCGGGGGACGGCGACAAACCGGGCGAUGCCAUGUCAGGUUCGGAACCUGCGGAGGACGAUGCCCGACAGCCGGCCUCCCACUCACCGAACCGCGCCCCGAGUAAGCCGCCCCGCUCCUCCCUGAACAGCCAGGAGCAGGAGUUUCCAGAGGUUAUUUCUCUGAACGUGGGGGGCAUGUACUUCACCACACGCCUGUCCACGCUGCGUCGAUACGAAGACACCAUGUUGGCCGCCAUGUUCAGCGGGCGGCAUUACAUCCCGCGGGACGCUGAGGGACGCUUCUUCAUCGACCGGGAUGGCGUGUAUUUUGGGGACAUCCUGAACUUCCUGCGUGAAGGCGAGCUUCCUCUCCGGGACCGAGUCAGAGCCGUGUACAGGGAGGCGCAGUACUACUCCAUCGGGCCGCUGCUGGACCAGCUGGAGGACACCCAGCCGCUGACGGGGGAGAAGGUCCGGCAGGCUUUCCUCGACCUGCUGCCCUACUACAAAGACAACCUGGAGCGCAUCGUGGAGAUUGCAAAGCUGCGGGCCAUGCAGAAGAAAGCUCGCUUUGCGAAGCUAAAGAUCUGCGUCUACAAGGAGGAGAUGCCCAUCACGCCGUAUGAGCGUCCGCUCUUUAACUCUCUGCGCUUCGAGCGCUCGGAGAGCGAGGCCAAGCUCUUCGAGCACCACUGUGAGGUGGACGUCUCCUUCGGGCCGUGGGAGGCGGUGGCAGACGUCUACGAUCUGCUCCAUUGCAUCGUGGGGGACCUGGCGGAGCGAGGCAUCGCCGCCGAGCAGCAAUGCAUCGGCGUCUGCGACAAGCACCUCAUCAGCCACUACUACUGCAAGAGGCCUAUCUACGAGUUCAAGAUCACGUGGUGGUGAAGUUCAGAUCAGACAGAUGGAUGUUUGGCUUUUAUCUCUUUUUUUUCUCUUUAGUCUUUUUAUUCAAGUUGCCAAUGUGGUCUUUAGAUGUGACCCUUUAAAUGCAGAUGCUUUCAUCCAACUAAACCAUUUGAGAUGCCAAGAAGCAAACAGUUUUCCAACUCAAAAUCCAAUUUUUUAAGUCGCAGCUAUGCAAACGCAUCCACCCAUUCUCAAAAAUGAACUCCAA